AUGGAUAAACGAAAUACUGCUCCAUGUUUUCUUGAUACUCAUCUUGUUGAUAUCCAUGAAGUCCUACCAGAAGAGGAAGAAGAAGAGGGAAUUACCAAAGAGGAAAAUGGAGAGGUAGAGAAGCGCUUUAACAAACCCUUUGAACUUAGAGAGAUGAAGAGUACUACUAGUCAAAGGAGUAAGAUCAAUCGGCAGGUUUCUCUAGAGACUGGUUUUUCAGUGCUUCGUAAAGAGUCGAAGAAGGGUAAAGAUGAGAGCGGUGGUGUUAAUCUUCCCAGAAGUGGAAGGAGUUUUGGAGGUUUCGAUUCCCUUAAUAGGUUUGGAAUGGAAGGAAGGAAAGGAGACUUCAGUAUCUUCAAGACCAGAUCAUCAAGCCUCAGUAAGCAAAACUCUUUGUUGCCAUCAAGAAAGGAAAGAUCAGAGAUGGAGUCUCAGAAGACUGAUGGAGCAGGACUGGAUGAGUCUGUUGAUACAAGUGUUCCUGCUGGCAGAUACUUUGCUGCACUUAGAGGGCCUGAACUUGACCAAGUCAAGGAUGAUGAGGAUAUUCUCCUCCCAAAAGAUGAGCAAUGGCCCUUUCUCCUCAGAUUUCCAAUUGGAUGCUUUGGUAUUUGUCUUGGCCUUAGCAGCCAAGCAGUUUUAUGGCGUGCUCUCGCGACAAGCUCAGCCACCGAGUUUCUCCACAUCCCACUCUUCAUAAACCUUGCCCUCUGGCUUUUAGCAGUAGCAGUCCUAUUUUGUGUCUCCCUGACCUAUAUGCUCAAAAUUAUCUUCUACUGUGAAGCAGUCAAAAGAGAGUACUUCCACCCUGUGAGAGUCAACUUCUUUUUUGCUCCUUGGGUUGUAUGCAUGUUCUUAGCCCUUGGUGCACCACCAACUUUGUUUCCUAAUAAACUCCAACCUGCAAUUUGGUGCACCUUCAUGUUACCCUACUUUCUUCUGGAACUUAAAAUCUAUGGACAGUGGCUUUCGGGUGGGAAGAGGCGUCUCUGUAAGGUGGCAAAUCCAUCUUCUCAUCUCUCAGUGGUUGGAAACUUUGUUGGGGCAAUUUUGGCUGCCAAGGUGGGGUGGAAGGAGCCUGCAAAGUUCUUGUGGGCAGUAGGCUUUGCACAUUACUAUGUGGUUUUUGUUACUUUGUAUCAGAGAUUACCAACAAGUGAAGCAUUGCCUAGGGAGCUUCAUCCAGUGUAUUCCAUGUUCAUUGCCGCCCCAUCAGCCGCAAGUAUGGCUUGGCAGAACAUUUAUGGUGAAUUCGAUGGAGUGUCAAGGACCUGCUACUUCAUUGCAUUUUUUCUAUAUCUUUCACUGGUUGUGAGGAUCAAAUUCUUCACAGGGUUUAGAUUUUCGGUGGCUUGGUGGGCAUACACCUUCCCAACGACAACAUUCGCAGUUGCCACCAUUAGGUAUGCAGAAGAAGUACCGUCAAUUCUAACCAAGGGCCUCGCAGUUACUCUUUCUUUCAUGUCAUCAACAACAGUGUCUGUACUGUUUGUAUCCACUCUUCUUCAUGCCUUUGUCUGGCGCACCUUGUUUCCGAAUGAUCUUGCCAUAGCCAUAACAAAGAGAAGACUUGGGAAGGCGAAGAAACCCUUCAAAAAAGCCUAUGAUAUAAAGCGCUGGACAAAGCAGGCUCUAACCAAGAACAAUUUAGCAGCAAAGGUUUCCAAUGGAGGGAAAGAAGACAGCUUCUAUCCAUAG